AUGGCGCACUUUCUCGAGGUAAUCAAACAGAGUCCCGCGAGUCUGCUCUCAAAUGAAGUGCUGGAAUCGAAGGAAGCUCUGGAAGUGGUGAAGACGUACUUCGACGAUGUGAUCCAGCUGCAUCGAGACGCCGAGGGGAAGGCGGCUGGCAGCAUGCUAGACGAGAUUGUAGUCGACGGGCUAGAUGCCAACCAGGUGUGGUGGCAAGCUAAAAUGGUGCUGGACAAGGUGGGGGUGGAUUUGAUGACACAAAUUGCGGAGCUGCGCGGGGCCGUAGGCGCGGCUGACGAUGAAGACAUGGGGGAGGAUGCAUCUGGGGAGGAGCUGAGCGGCUCGGAGCUAGAUGAUGUAGAGGACGACGCGGCCGAGAGCGACGAGGAGGUGGAGGGCAGCGAUGCGGAUGGUGCCUCUGAGGAGGCUGACUCUGAAGAGGCCGACUCUGAGGAGGAGCAGAGUUUGCAUGCCGGCUUGGAGGAGGACGGAAGCGACGGGGCGCAGGACGAGGCAGGAGACGACAGCGAGGAGCGUGGGGCAGCGGCCGCGGAGGCCACCCAGGGGCGGAGUAGCGCCAAGGAAGACAAAUACGGGCUGAACGAUGAGUUUUUCGACAUAGAGGAGUUCAACAAGCAGACAUUGGCGGCUGAGAACCCAGAAACGGAGGAAGCGCAGGAAGAAGAGCAAGAUAUUGACUAUUUUGAUGACAUCCCAUCUGAAGAAGACGAAGAAGCAUUAUAUUACAACGAUUUUUUUGAUCAACCGAACGCAGGGAAGGGAAGUGCGGCCGCCGCCGACAGGGAAGGGGAGGAAUCCGGAGCCGAUAGCGCAUACGAAGAUGCCAUGGAUAGCGCCAAGCUUGAUCUGUUUGAGUCCGAGGGGGAGGAUGAUGAGGACGAUGUGCGCGACGCACAGACGACAAAGAAACUUUCUACAUUUGAGCGCCAACAGCUUGAAAUACGGAAACAGAUAGAAGAGCUGGAAAAAGAGGCUGUCGCAGAGAAGAAGUGGGCUCUCAAGGGUGAGGUGAAAGCGAAGGACAGACCAGAUGAUGCACUGCUAACAGAGGACUUAGAGUUCGAUAGAACCGCCAAACCAGUUCCCGUCAUAACAAAUGAAGCCACCGAAACGUUGGAGGCGAUGAUUAGAAGAAGAAUAAAAAAUGCUGAGUUCGACGACCUUCCACGUAGAGUCAUAAAUGACAUCAGUCUGCAUUCCAAGAAACCAGAAAUUGAACUUUCUGACGUGAAGUCUUCCAAAUCUUUGGCUGAAAUAUACGAAAAUGAAUAUAAAGGCAUCUCAGAAGAUACGGCUGUUUCUGAGGAGUUACAAAAGGCGCAUGAUGAGAUAAGUGAGCUUUACAAGGACUUGGUAUAUAAACUGGAUGCGCUAUCCUCUGCAAGCUUCAUUCCAAAGCCGCCUCAGAAGUCUUUGGAAGUGAGAGUACAAGGUGCUACUAUAUCGAUGGAAGAUGCACAGCCAUUGACCAUGUCAUCCGCAUCUACCUUAGCGCCACAGGAAAUCUAUGCUGCUGGUAAGGCUGAGAACAGCGAUGAGAUAGCAUUGAAGAAUGGUGUUGUCAUGGCUAGAGCUGAGUUGACUAGGGAGGAUAAGCAGAGAUUGCGCAGAGCGAACAAGAGGAAAAGAGCACACCAGCUUGCGAAUAAAUCACAACAGUUGCAAAAGAAGUCCAAGAAAGCAGAUGUUAUUGACACACUAUCUAGGGCUAAGAAUGUCACUAUCAUUGACAAGAAGGGUGAGCAACGUGAUGUCAAGGGUAACGUCAAAAGUACUCAUCCCAAGAAUAUUAAUUUGAAGUUGUAA